AUGAGAAAAUAUCAUGGAAAUGUAAAAAGAAAUAGAGAUUAUUCCAUUGAAGAAAAUGACAAUAUAAACUCAGACAGAACAUGCAUAACAUUAGUUAGGGCAACUUUAUUACCAAUUCUAAGUAUAGGGAAAAAUGAAAAAACAACACUAUUUCAUCCAUUCAAAAGUCCAUUACCUGGAUUUGUAAGUGAUAAAACAUUAUAUCUUAAAAAAACAUUAGGAGCCAAAGUAAGACGAACUGGAUGGAUAAAUUUAAUGAAAAAUUCUAUUCCAAGAAGAUCGGAUGAAACAUAUGAAAAAGACCAAAUAGAAGAAAUAAUACAAAAACAUGAUCCUUUGAUUUUAUAUGAAAAUGAAAAUGAUAAAAUACAAGUAGACCCAAUUUUAGCACAACAUUUAAGAGAGCAUCAAAGAGAAGGAGUACAAUUUAUUUUUGAAUGUUUAAUGAAUUUAAAAGAUGAAAAAAUAAGUGGAUGCAUAUUAGCAGAUGAUAUGGGACUUGGAAAAACCUUACAAAGUAUAUCUGUUUUAUACACUUUAUUAAAACAAGGAUUUCAUAAUAAAUCAGCAAUAAGAAGGUGUUUAAUUUUAUGCCCUGCUAGUUUAAUAAAUAAUUGGAAUGAUGAAAUUAAUAAAUGGCUUCCAGGUAGAUGUAAUGUAACAUGUGUUAAUGAUAAUGUAAAAGAAAAAAUAGUUAGUAAAUUAGAAGGUUUUAAAUAUGAUUUAAAAUCAAAUGUGCUAAUAUGCUCUUAUGAAUGUUUUCGUAUUAAUAAUGAAUUUCUUGAUAAAUCUUCUAUAGAUAUGAUUAUUUGUGAUGAAGCACAUAGACUAAAAAAUGAUAAAACAAAAACUUACACAAGCAUUUAUAAUCUGUCUGCUAAAAAAAGAUUGUUGUUAUCAGGAACUCCUAUUCAAAAUGAUUUAGGAGAGUUUUUUGCAUUGAUUUCUUUAUGCAACCCCGAUUUAUUUGAUGAUACUAAUUUAUUUCGAAAAAAAUAUGCAAACCCUAUAUUAAUAGGUAGAGACAAGGAUGCAACAGAAAAAGAACAAGAAAUAGCAUCCGAAAGAUUAUCUGAAUUAUCAAAUAUUACUAAUAAGUUUAUAUUAAGAAGAACCAAUAAUUUACUAUCAAAAGUAUUACCUGUAAAAUAUCUAAUUAAUAUAUUUAUUAAAUUGAAUCCUUUUCAAGAAGCAUUAUAUCUAUUAUUCUUGAAGGAUAAAAGAAUUUUAAAAAAUGAUCAGUCUAACAAUAAAGUAAAUGUUCUUAUUAAUAUAAAAAAAUUAGAAAAAAUAUGUAAUCAUCCAUUGUUACUCAAUGCAAAUGAUAUAAAAGACAUUGGGCAAAUACCUUUAUCAAAAUUAAUAGAAGAUUUAACUUGUGAAAUAGAAAAAUCUAAAAGUGGAAAAAUAUAUACAAAUGAUAAAACCUCAAAUCUACAUAACAUAUCAGAAAAUUGUAAGUUAGAGAAAACAAAAUAUGACAUAGAUUAUGAAAAACCUGUAAAAAAAAUCCUAGAAGAAUGUAAAAGGGAUAUUCAUAAAUCAUAUUACAAUAUAUCUUGCAAAUUUCUUUUAUUACAUUUUUUAUUAAAAAAUAUUAAACAAAACACUACUGACAAAGUUGUUAUUGUAAGCAAUUAUACACAAACAUUAGAUUAUAUGGAAAUAUUAUGUAAAGAAAAUUUUUAUAAAUUUGUUCGAUUAGAUGGUGGAAUAAGUAUAAAAAAAAGGCACAAAGUUAUAAGUGAUUUUACUCAUUCACCUGAUAUUUUUAUUUUUCUAUUAUCAUCGAAAUCGGGUGGGUGUGGUAUUAAUUUGAUUAGUUCGAAUAGAUUAAUUUUAUUAGAUCCUGAUUGGAAUCCAGCUAAUGACAAACAAGCUUUAGCAAGAGUAUGGAGAGAAGGACAAAAAAAGAUAUGUUACAUAUAUCGGUUGUUUUGUACAGGUACAAUUGAUGAAAAGGUAUAUCAAAGGCAAAUCAGUAAAGAUGGUUUGUCAUCCAUGAUUGUUACUAAUACGAAUUUAUCAAAAGAUCAGUUAUCCGAUGAAAAUGUAAAAAAGCUUUUUAAUUAUAAAAUGAAUACAAUAUGUGAAACUCAUGAUAAUAUUGAAUGUAAUAGAUGCAAUUAUAAAAGCGGCAGUGAAAAUUUCUCCGAACAAUUGGAAGAUUUUGAAGAAGAAGAUGUCAAUACUUGGGCUCAUCAUUUAAAUAUAGAAACAGUGCCUGACGAUAUUUUAAUUAAAUCAGUAAAAGAUGCUACCGAUUUUAAAAAAAGUGAUAUGAAUAAUUAUCCCAUUCUUCAAAAGUUAACAGAAGAUUUUGUAACGUUUACAAUGAGUUGCAAGAUUGAAUAUAGAGAUGAUUUAAUUAAGCAAAAAUUAAAUCAAGCAAAAAUAUGCCAAGAAAAAUUAAAGGAGAAGAAUGUAAUUGAAAAAAAUUUAAAAAAACCGAAAAAAAGUAAAAAAAAAGAUGAUAAUGAAGAAGAUGACGAAGAUGAAAUUGAUGAAUUCGAAGAUGAAUUUGGAAAUGAAUAUGAAGACGAAUUUGAAGAUGAAGAAGAAGAUGAAGAAGACGAAAUAGAAGCUGAAGCAGAAGAAGAUGAAGAUGAAAUAGGAGAGGAAGAAGAAGAUGAAGAUGAAAUAGAAGAGGAAGAAGAAAAGGGAAAAGAAAAGGAAAAAGAAAAAAAAGAAAAUGAGAAAAAAGAAGACGAAACAAAUGAGGAUGAACUAAAACUUAGAGAAAUAGAAGAAUAUCAAAAAGAAAAAAAAAAAAAGGAAUUACUUAAUAAAAAAAAGGAAAGUAUAAAUGAAAAAGAUAGUCAAGAAAAAAAAGGAGUAAGCAAUAAAUAUAUUGACACCAUUGAAGAAGAUAAUAAUAAUGCAGGAAAAGUAAAUAAUAAAUCUAAAGUGAAAAAUGUAGAGAAAAAUAAAAAUAUGUAUGAAGAACCUUGUAAAAGGAUAACAAGAAAUAUGUGUCACAGAAAUUUAGUAGAAUUGCUAUCACAAGAUGAAGAUUCAAAAUUAACAUUUUCCAUUUCAGAUGAUGUAGAUGCAUCGGUUGAAAAUGUAAGUACAGAUAGUUCCUAUUUUAUUUAA